AAACGUUUUCAAAUUGGUACCGGUACAUAUAUGUACGAUUAAGAAAGCUUUUUUUCAUUCGCUCGUCCUGUUCUUGUUCUCGUCGCUGAUUGGUGCGGCUGCGGCACUGCGGCAGUCACAAAAUCACAGAGCAGUCAGAGCUCACAAUCAGAGCACAGUGUUGUGACACGAAUUGACAUAAUCCUGAGCGCACUGCGAAAUCGUUAUGUCGCUGUUUUCAUCUCCAGUCAAAACACCUGCUGGUGACACGGAUGGGGGCCCGCCGUGGACGCAGGAGCCUGAGUUGGUGACUGUUGAGCCCGAUUUAGUGUCAGUGGAGCCCGAGUCACAUCAUCAGGUGGUGCUGAGCACAUCCGAGGGCUGCAGCUGGGUCUCUGAAUGCCCGGCCCCGGUGCCUCUGCCCUGGUUCCUAGCCGACGAGAAACCCACGAGAUCGGACAACCAGGAUGCGGUGGCCGGAUCGUCCAAGGCAGACUUGGGCCAGACGAUCAGCAUGGCAAGACUGCGUGCGGCGGAAGGCCUUGCCGCGCUGCAGAAAACCUACAUCCACUUCCAGAAGAGCAGGGACGCGAUCGCUCGUGUGGAUGAGCCCGAAGUCGUCCUUGUCGAGGACGAGGAGCCGCAGCCGCUGCAGGAAAAGGUUGUCGAACAGCCCCAGCAGCCUGGUGACUCAGAUUUGGAGGUGGUGGAGGUCACCAUUGAUGAGCCGGUGGCGAAGAUCAACUACAAGGAGCCUGUGCAUCUGGAGACACGAAUGCCUGGCCCCUUACUCUCAGUCGACGACGACAAAAGCGGCGCGUGCAUCGUCCACAUCGAUAUCUACGGAUGCAAGUGGCAGACUCCCCAAGUUUUGGCCGGAGUUGGUGCAUUUUUCGCCUUUUGGCAUCCAUGCAACGUGAGCCGCGCGCUGGACUCUCGUGUGGAGUGGGACAAGGACGACGCGGCAGUCGUGGCCGCCAUCUUGGCCUGUCAACGUGCCAGAGCAGCAGGGCUGCACAAGUUGAGGAUCUGCACCAGCCACAAAAAAUUGAAAGGCCUGGUUAAGCGUCACCAGAGGCGCGCUGCGCCCAUCGGAAUCCAGACGCACCGGUCGCAGAGCAUGCGACUUGCCACUCUCGGCAUGCAGAUCGAGUGGACGGUCGUUUCUGCAAUCUCUGCAGGCCAAUGUUGCGCCUUCAAGCUCGCCUUCCAAGGAGCCCGCGACCAAGUUGGCCCCAUUUGGUUGACUGCCGAUCAGCAAGUAAUUUGCUAACUCUCAAUUUGAUGCGGAGUCUUCUUAAACUGUGUGCUACACAGAUAUACUUAAAUAAACGUUGUGAAAUCUUAAAAAAUUGACUUAAUAGAAACUAAUUUAAAUUUUACUUGGUAUACACCGAGAAAAAGAUGUUUUAAACCCUUCAAAUUAUGUAAGAAAUAUUUUCCAGUCUUUUUCUUGCAG